CAACGAAGUUUGUACAUUCUCUUUUGCAGUUUCGUCAAUCAUAAAAAGCAAGGAAUCGCCUCCAUUGCUCCAUUUCAUUUCUCUCCUUUCUCUCUCCUCUCUUUCUCUCUCUCUCUAGGUAGGUGAUAGCUGAAUUAUCAGAUAUUUAGAAUUAUACAUACACCAAUUUAUAUCUAUACACACACACACACACACACACACACACACACACACACACACAGAGUUAUGGACUCGGAGGACGAGACGGUGGGGGCGAUGACGGAAGAUUCAAACGACGACGAAGAAUCAUACGGCGGCGGAGGCGAUGAGGACGAUUCCGACCUGGAUGACGUCAUCAUGGAGUACGAUGGGUUUAUGGAUUUCGACUCCGACGAUUCCGAUGAGCCCUCCUCCACUUUCCACCACCACUACACUCGAUCGCAGAACUACACCGUUUUGAACGAAGAUGAUAUACGGCAGUGUCAAGAGGAUGAUAUAACGAAGAUAUCCAUGGUUCUCUCAAUUUCAAGAGUUGCUGCUGGCGUGUUGCUCCGCCAUUAUAACUGGAGUGUUAGUAAAGUGAAUGAUGAAUGGUUUGCUGAUGAAGGAAAGGUCCGCAAAACUGUUGGUUUACUGGAGAACGACACUCCCCUUCCUGAUGCUAAAGAGUUAACUUGUGGAAUCUGUUUCGAAACUUAUCCUCGUGAUAGGAUGAGUUCUGCUGCAUGUGGCCAUCCUUUCUGUGUUUUGUGUUGGCAAGGGUAUAUUAGUACAUCCAUUAAUGAUGGGCCAGGGUGUUUAAUGUUGCGCUGUCCUGAUCCAUCAUGUAAUGCUGCUAUUGGACAGGAUAUGGUGACUAAUUUGGCUUCUAAUGAUGAUAAAGAGAAAUAUAACCGCUACUUUUUAAGAUCAUUUGUUGAAGAUAAUAGGAAGACAAAGUGGUGUCCUGCACCAGGCUGUGAUUAUGCUGUGGAUUUUAUUGUUGGUGGUGGAAGCUAUGAUGUCACCUGCGGUUGCUCUCACAGUUUUUGCUGGAGUUGUUCGGAGGAAGCCCAUCGCCCAGUUGAUUGUGGAACCGUGUCUAAGUGGAUAUUGAAGAACACUGCUGAGUCUGAGAAUAUGAAUUGGAUAUUGGCCAACUCAAAACCUUGUCCGAAGUGCAAGCGACCAAUUGAGAAGAAUCAAGGCUGCAUGCAUAUCACGUGCACGCCACCUUGUAAAUUCGAGUUUUGCUGGCUGUGUCUUGGUGCAUGGUCAGAACAUGGUGAAAGAACUGGUGGAUUUUAUGCAUGCAACCGUUAUGAAGCUGCCAAGCGAGAAGGAGCGUUGGAUGAUGCUGAAAAACGAAGAGAGAUGGCUAAGAAUUCUCUAGAAAGAUAUACACAUUACUAUGAAAGAUGGGCUACAAACCAGUCGUCGAGGCAACGAGCACUCGAAAAUCUACACCAAAUGCAAACAGUACAUAUUGAAAAGCUGAGUGAGAUACAGUGUCAACCCGAAUCUCAGCUAAAGUUCAUUAUAGAGGCCUGGCUACAGAUUGUUGAAUGCAGAAGGGUUUUAAAAUGGACAUAUGCAUAUGGAUAUUAUCUACACGAGCUCGAACAUGCUAAGAAGCAGUUCUUUGAGUAUCUGCAAGGUGAGGCAGAGUCUGGUUUAGAACGGCUUCAUCAAUGUGCAGAGAAGGAAUUUCAAGGGUACCUCAAUUCCGGGGGUCCUUCGGAAAACUUCAAUGAGUUCCGCACUAAGUUAGCCGGAUUGACCAGUGUGACGAAGAAUUACUUUGAGAACCUUGUCCAAGCAUUAGAAAAUGGUCUAUCGGAUGUAGACUCGCACGCAGUAACAAGCAAGGCGAGUGGAUCAAAGAAUCCAGGUGGCAGUAAUAAAGGAAGAGGGAGUAAGAGCAAAGGAGGAGGUACAACCACAUCGAGAUUAAUCGGACCUUCUAGAAACAUAGAUGAUUCUGGUCACUGGUCUUGCGAUUACUGCACCUAUGCCAACGUUCGAUCAGCCAACGUAUGCGGUAUGUGCCAUCAGACCCGUUGAAUAGAAUUCGGUUCGUUCGGGUCGACCCGUUUUCUUCAACGUUGUUGUAACAUGUAAUGUAUUCAACAUAUAUAUUUAUAUAUGAAUUUCACCUUGUAUAUUAUUUUUAGCUUUGUAUUAAUUGUUUGUUGUAUUAUUAUUUGGGAUGAAUAAAUGAUGUUGUUCAUCUGUUUUAUUUGA